GACUCUCUUGUGUGGAGGAGCUGUGGGUGCUUGGGUACUGUUUGUGAGCACGAAGUCUAAAGCCCAGUUAGAGGCUCCACAGAUUCUUUGUGUGCCCCCCCCACCCCUUCAGAAACUCUGCUCAAGAUCUCUCAGCUAUGGGGGCUGCUGGACUCAGGGGAGAGAGGCCAGCAAGUCUCUCCUCCUGGCUGUGUGGAAGUGUGGGGGUCAGAGCUGCUAGCUGUGAGGAAAAAAAACUGUUGACUGGAGUCCGAAUGGCAACAAAGACCCCCUGCGGAGCAGGCGUCAUUGCCUCUAGGGGGAACAUGAAGGACUUGAAGUACUCAGAUACUUGCUCUCCCCUCCAAGAUAUCCCCAUCCCCCGCCCCAGUCACCAAAACAUCAUCCCCAGCACGUCUUAAGUUGAUGCCAAUAUGGAGUAUGAAGAAAAUACCAUGACGCCAAAACAUUGUAAAGCACACCGGCCUUUAUUUCAACCUCAUUAACAAGAUUCUUGGGAGAGGAGGGGCCUGGACAGAAGAAGGUCUUGCUCUCCGUCGUGGCCCCGUGUCUUGGACUCCUGUGGGCUCAACCUCGGACUGUCCAGCAUGCUCUCCUAAGAAGGAAAAAGGGAGACAAGUGGACGCUCAGGAGCCCUGUGGGAACUGAGGGGAGGGCUGGGGUGCUCUCUGGGGGAGAGGAAGGGGGCAUCCUGGCCUGCUGUGAGGGAUGAGAGAGGCAGGGGCAGACUCAGAGCCCUCACCUGAAGAACUUGGACACGCAAGCCAGGGCUCUCUGGAACCGGCCCUGGCCCCUUCCAGGUCCUUCUGGGACAAGCAGCCUCCCUGGUUCCUCUUGGGUCACAGAAUAUGUUCCCCAUGGUGUGAGCAAAGGCCACACUUUCCGGGGAGUAUUGUUGGCUUCUCAGAGUCUGAAAAAGAGUUGAGGCCUCAUCUUUGCGGCCCUUCAUGGGUGCCGUCUAUCACCCCAUUUGGCAACUGUGAUGUGCACUGCUGGUGAGAUGCUGAGGAUGGAGAAGUGGGGAGACCUGCCCUGACCAAACCCAGCCCCCCUGAAGGAUGUUCCUGACCACAUGGAAGUGAGUCUGCCCAGCUGGUAGGAAGAAGGGGCAUGAAGACCAUGCUUCCAAGAGUGUGUAAUGGCACCAGUGCACCCCCUCCAGGACUUCUUUGCAGAUACCUGAGCUCCCCACUAGGCUGGGUGCAGAGGUGGAGGCCUGCCUCCUGCGUUGCCCUAAGCCCCGCCCCUCCAUGGCCCUAAGCCCUAUUGCUUCUUGGUUCCGCCCUGCUUCAGUUCAGUACCUGGUGCUCAACCAGUGGAUACAUUUCUGGUGUGUGGCCUAUGUCCCAACUCCCGCCCCUCGGAACUUUCUUUGUUUCUUCCUUUGCUUUUUAUCUUCACUCUGGCCAGCUCAGCAGCCUGAACGCAAGUUGUGCUGGCUGAACUGAAAAUGCAGAGGCCUUCGGUUAUACGGGAAUAUCAUGGGCCCUUGCCUGCUGUGAGUGCCUCAAAGAAGGAGCAGGGCACAAGGCUGAAGAGGCACCUGGAUCGAGGACUGAUAAGGAAUAUGUCUGCUGCCCCCAAAUUCUACAAGAAUGGCAAGCAGGUGGCUGUUGAAGCAGAAAACCGCAAUGGAAAGGAGUUCAUUGUGCAGAGGAGUGAGGCCAGGCCCCACAAAAUACUGCAGGAGGGAAAAUUUCAAGGAACUCUGAUGCGUAGCCAGCCUCGAGAACAUUCAAUUCUGCCCUAUGCUCCAGUGACCUUGGAGCAGCAACCAGUGAUUUCUUUUUCCCGGGAGCCUCGCGGUCCCUCUGCCAGGCCCCAAAGAUUCUCAAGUGUGAUCCUGCAACCCCGUGCCACCCCUGGCCCUCUUCUACUGCAGCCACAGGUCCCCGAUGCCACCAAGCAGGACACUGUUGCUGCUGCCUUAGAGUGGCAGAGGAAGCUGGAGGCUGCUGAGGCUCUGCUGGCCCUGAAAAACUCUUCUCAGGUUCCUCCUGAUUCUGCCUCUGGGCAACAGCGUGCCAGCAUGCCAGGUCCUGCUGGAGAGAGAGGACUGCAGCCUCCUAGUCCCUACCUGCCACCGCGGCCAGCCAGCUCUGCCGCACUUACUGGACAUCUGGAGUGCAUGUCCUUCUUGACCUAAGAGCCCAUAGUGGGAGGCCUCACUAGAGCACUGCCUGUUUGGUAUCCUGUUUCAUGUCUAAAAUGACUAACGUUUUUUAAAUUUUUUUAUUUUUGAAAUAAGUUCUCAUGUAGCCAGUCCGAACUUGGACUCAGUAUAUAGUUGACGAUGACUUUGAACUCCUGAUUCUCCUGCCUCCGCAUCCCAAGUGCUGGGAUUACAGGCAUAUAGCACCGUGCCUGGCUUUUUUUUUAUUAGUAUUAUUUUAAGUGUUCAGGAGUUUUAUAAGCUUUCAGAUCCUUUUUAUGAUGUAGGGCAUUUACUUGACUGAGGUUCAAUAUUGCUCCUCUAUUCAUUAUCCUUUUGGAAUAAUUGCUUUAUAUGCUUCUUAGAAAAACAGUAUUGUGUGAUCUAAUGUGAUCAAUCAAUGGGAUUCUGAAUGGGUUUGUAUGCCAGUAUUUUCAUUUGUUCUGUGAUUGUAGAUACACUGGCACACUCCUGUAUGUAAUCAUCCAUGUGGAAUCAUGAAGAGUUUUCACUCUGCAUCUAGGCAUGUGUGUGUGUGUGAACAAAUAAUAAACAUGUGUUGUAGGCACUGAAAAA